UCCAUUUAUAGUCCUGCUCUUUGGGGCGCUGAAGGUGCUGAAAUAGCCGCAGGGACAAGAGGCUCGGUGCAGUGUGAAACACCCACCGAGCUGGCCGGACAGAGCCUGAGAUGACAGUGGGGAGCAUGGAGAACGUGGAGGUCUUUGCUGCCGAGGGCAAGGGCCGAGGUCUGAAGGCCACAAAGGAGUUCUGGGCUGCGGACGUCAUCUUCGCCGAGCGGGCUUACUCCGCAGUGGUUUUUGACAGCCUGGUGAACUUCGUGUGCCACACCUGCUUCAAGAGGCAGGAGAAGCUCCAUCGCUGCGGGCAGUGCAAGUUUGCCCACUACUGUGACCGCACCUGCCAGAAAGACGCCUGGCUGAACCACAAGCACGAGUGUUCCGCCAUCAAGAGAUAUGCGAAGGUGCCCAACGAGAACGUCAGGCUGGCAGCACGCAUCAUGUGGCGGGUGGAGAGAGAGGGCACCGGGCUCACGGAAGGCUGCCUCGUGUCCGUGGAUGACCUGCAGAACCAUGUGGAGCACUUUGGAGAGGAGGAGCAGAAGGAGCUGCGGGUGGACGUGGACACAUUCUUGCAGUACUGGCCGCCCCAGAGCCAGCAGUUCAGCAUGCAGUACAUCUCGCACAUCUUCGGCGUGAUCAACUGCAAUGGUUUCACGCUCAGUGACCAGAGAGGCCUGCAGGCAGUGGGUGUGGGCAUCUUUCCCAACCUGGGCUUGGUGAACCACGACUGCUGGCCCAACUGCACAGUCAUAUUCAACAAUGGCAAUCAUGAGGCAGUGAAAUCCAUGUUUCACACCCAGAUGAGGAUUGAGCUCCGGGCCCUGGGCAAGAUCUCAGAAGGAGAAGAACUGACAGUGUCCUACAUUGACUUCCUCAAUGUCAGCGAAGAACGCAAGAGGCAGCUGAAGAAGCAGUACUAUUUUGACUGCACGUGUGAGCACUGCCAGAAAGGGCUGAAGGACGACCUCUUCCUGGGGGUGAAGGAGGACCCCAAGCCCUCUCAGGAAGUGGUGAAGGAGAUGAUACAAUUCUCGAAGGACACACUGGAAAAAAUAGACAAAGCUCGAUCCGAGGGUUUGUAUCAUGAGGUCGUGAAGCUGUGCCGGGAGUGCCUGGAGAAGCAGGAGCCAGUGUUUGCAGACACCAAUCUGUACACGCUGCGGAUGCUGAGUGUGGUCUCCGAGGUCCUCUCCUACCUCCAGGCCUUUGAGGAGGCUGCGUACUAUGCCAGGAGGAUGGUGGAUGGCUACAUGAAGCUCUACCACCCCAACAAUGCCCAACUGGGCAUGGCUGUGAUGCGUGCAGGGCUGACCAACUGGCAUGCUGGUAACAUCGAGGUGGGGCAUGGGAUGAUCUGCAAAGCCUACGCCAUUCUCCUGGUGACACACGGACCCUCCCAUCCCAUCACCAAGGACUUAGAGGCCAUGCGGGUACAGACAGAGAUGGAGCUGCGCAUGUUUCGCCAGAAUGAGUUCAUGUACCACAAGAUGCGCGAGGCUGCCCUCAACAACCAGCCCAUGCAAGUCAUGGCCGAGCCCAGCAACGAGCCAGCCCCAGCUUUGUUCCAUAAGAAGCAGUGAGCACCUGGGGUGGGGAGCGAUGUGGCUGGGGAACUGGGAAGAAAUUUGGACACGGUGGGUCCCUGCAGAGACCCCUGAUGAGGAAAUCAGAGUAACUCUCCACCUUGUAGCUGAGGAGAUGCACUGCCCUUGAUCCCCAAUGUCAUUUUGGCUCAGUUCAACUUAUUUUCACUUAACUCUAUCUCAUCCUUGCAGAACUCUUCCUAUAAAUGUUUAUUGGGUGUUACACCCUAGAUCCCAAUAAUGGAACACAAAUAUAGUUGGAGGCAAAAAGUAAACAAAGCACAAUGUGAUACCAAAUGCAGUGGUGAAGUACAUGGUGAGAGGGGUAGUGCAGAGGAGGAUGUGGGUCUGGCACAUGUCUGGUGCACGUGCUAUGUGUGCAUGUGUAGUGGGGUGGUUAUGGAGAAGGGGACAUGUGAGCUGAGGGUGCCUCUAAGCCCUUGGUGUCCCAUUAGCCCUUCACCUGUCUCUGCAGAUGUCUCUGGGGCUGCUGGUCUCAAUCAUGGUCUGGAAUAUUCAGUAUUUAGAAGACUAGAAUUGGUGAUACCCAAUUUCUUCCAGCUGAUAUGGAGUUCUGAGGAAGGGCUGUGCUUGGCCAUUUAGGAUCUACUCAGAGAGCUGAAAAUCCUUCAGAAUGGUGCAAUGUAGAAAGAAGUAGCGGUCUUGCUAACCACCCCAAGGUCUUAAUUCAGUCUGAAUUCCAAGUAUAAUUUUAGAAAUAAUUCUGGAACACACAAGAAAAUGAUGUCUCCCUUCUUGCCCUCAUCUCUGAGCUGUUUGGAUGUGGGGCUUACUUAAUACAAUAUCAGACUUUUCUGGCCAAUGGCAUAGUAGGAUUAAAAAAGUCAUUCUAGGUGAACCUUUUCAGAGUGAAACACACAUACAUGAUGAUCACGGCUGAGGCAGAUUUGGCUGUGUCUUCCCUUGCUUAAUUUCCUUUUUUUGCCCAUUACCUGAGGGUUCUGCUCUUUGUACUAGAAGAAUUCUUCUUAACUGGGUUAGAAGUUCAUUAGAAGUAUGGCAAAUUUAUCCUCAUUCUCUGGGAGGUGCUGUGAAUUCCUUCUCAUAAAUUAAAUUCUUGGAAAUCAACCAAUCUGAAGCAUAGCUUAUUAUCUUCUAAGACUCUAGAUUUUUCAUCAAAGUUUUUGAGAAUCCUAGAACAUAACCCUUUCACUGGAGGUAUCACCAAGAUUUCCACACAUCCUUGACCUAUUAUUGAACGCAGAACCCUACCUAACAUCUUGAAGGCAAGUGAUCCCACCAAGCUCCAUAUUUAUUUAUCCCUGCCUAAAAUGUUAACUCCUCUACUCCAACUUUUAUCCUCAGAAUGACACACUGUCUCCCUUUGACCCCUGUCCCGGGGCUGAAAACUCUGCAAAUGGGUCAUUUCUUUGCAGAGAAUGUACCUGACAUUUGGCUCUUUAUUGAAGACACUGUCUUCUCUAGAAGGCUUUGUAGGAAUUCUGACAGUUCUUCAAGCUCCCAUCCACAAAGGAGAUAGCACUAACAUUCUCCCUGGGUUCCAACAAGCAUAUUGGAAUUGUUAUUCUUGUCCCCUCACAUAACACCCUUCCCUUUGUCACUGUUGUCUGUUCACCCACUGGUGUUUCUCCCAUAUUCGUGUUAUCUUCCCCAUGCCAUUAUCAUACAUUUAUUGUCUUCAGUGAACUGUUCUGUGUACCUGUGCACCUCUUUUCCCAUCUUCCUUCCCAGUCCAUGGAAAGGGAGUCCUUCUUCUCCCACCAACGCUAAACUCUGUGCCUGUGCCUUGGACUCCUUGCUCUCCUGUGUCUUUGAGACCUUGGUAAUUAUUAUUCCUUUUCCUUCCUGGAUCCUUGACCUUUGUCCACCACCAGGGUGCUUUAAUGCAGUAGACAAACAUACAGAGGACUCUUGGACCAUAAUCUUUAUAGCUGAGUAUUCUUUGCUGUACAGUUUUUGUCUGCUUGUCCUCACUUUUCAUUUCUUUUAGAACCCACCGCAGACUGUUUUCCAUCCCUGUUCCUGCACUAAAUGGCUCUUACCAAGGUCAACUCUACUGGGUACUUGUUAGUCUUUACAUUAUUUGUCUUCUCAUAUCGGGGAUAUAGCUCAGUGGAACAGCAGCCUGCCUGAGAAGUCUUCAGUUCAAUUUCUGGUACAAAAAUAAAUAACAUCAUUGUCUUCUGUCCAUAAUAACACUCCUAGACCUUGAUUUCUGUGGCCUGCAUGAGCUUGGGAUGGUCUCUGAUGUGGUUUCUCAGACUCCUCUGCUUGACCAGUUUUAACUCCUGCCUCUGAUGGGUUAGCAUUUCUUGGGUUGGCUCUGGCCUUGGUUCAUUCUCUUUCUACUCUGCAAUACUCCUUGCAUGAGCUUAGAUGGGCCCUUUCUGUAAUGGCCACCUUGAGGUUGAUGACUCUCACAUCUGCACUUUCUGACCCUGCACUUGAUUCCAGCUCUGCACACCCUCUUGCCUGUUCUGCAAACACCAAAUUCUGCAUGUAAUCAAUAGAUUCCCCUUGCCCUACUCAACAUGUAUUACCUUGAGAAUGCCACUCAAAAACAUCACCUCCUCCAUCAGAUUGUGAGCUCCUGGAGGCAGGGGCUGUGCCUCUUUAUUCAUCUUUCUAUCCUCAGAGCCUAACAUAGGACCUGUGAAAUUGCAGGUGCUGAGUAAACGUUUGUUGAAUAAGUGAAUGAAUGACCAAUUGGGUGAAUUUGCUUUUCUCAGAGCAAAAGAGACAUGAAACUGCCUUUGAGUUGUUAUGUUAAAACAGUCAACAAAGUGUAUUAAACCUUCUGUGUUUCCAAGCAAA